GAAGAUGCGAUCGACUUCUUGGUUCACAAGCCGGCCAUGAUCGUGUAAAAUGGCUUCAUCGUACAUCAAUUAGUUUCUGAGUUAUAACCAGAGAUGUAAAAGUGCAAAAACUACCGCUUAAUCCCGCGAGAGCCGUACCUAGGAUUUGGCCAGGGGGGGGGGGGGGGUGGCGGAGGAAUCCCGGGGCCUCUUUUCUACAGAGGGCCUCCUACCUACGGAGGGCCUCCUCUCUACUGAGGAGUCAGAGGGGCCCUAGCGAUCAUGACACAGACACUAUGGCGAUUAUUCACAGGAGGCGGUACUCGGUAGUCGGUAGUAAGAAGGACCCUAGCUGUCAGGCUGGUUAUAGGGCCCUUAUUGUCCUGACGCGAUUUUUGGAAUUCAGGUGAAAUUCGUUCGCCUCCCAUGUGACUUUGGCCAACGUGGGUCUUCGGCCCACGGGGGCCCUGAUUCUAUCCGGGGGCCCUGAACCCUUGGCCGGGUACGUCCCUGGGGUACGUCCCUUGGGUACGUCCGCGUCCCUGCACUGAGCAACGUGAAAUGAGUGAGUAGCGUAGUGAAUACUGGCAGCUCUAAUAAGACCUUUCUUUGUGAAUAGUGAUGAAAUAUUUUUUAAGUAACCUGGCAUAUCAAGAGUGCCUAUUUUCAUUUUCAAUAAAUAAAAAGACACACUUUUAUUGUUCUAAUUUUUCGAAACAUAUUAAUAAAUAGGUAUAAUUUUACCUGUAACGGUAUUUGCUCACUACUAUUGAAGCUGGGCUGGGAUCGCUCUAGGAAAUUUGCGUGAUUAUAAGAAUUUGUGAGGUGAAUGUGUGAGAUUUGUAUUAAUUUUUGUUGCUUAGCUUUAUAGAAACCUUUUUGAAUGAAUUUUGCCUGCACUGAUUGCUGAUAUUGAGUACAGAAGAGGAAUUUCUUCCUGCGCCAGGAUUGUCUCCUGAAUGGUGGAGCUGUCUGGCCAGGGAUGGUGGUAGGCAGGGUGGAGCGGCGGCACGCGACAGGCGGCGGCGGCAAGACCCUGUCGCCGCAGGAGCUGUCGGACUGCGAUGACAUCGCCACGGCGCUCACCAUCGACCCCUACCUGGGCUUCACCACGCACAAAAUGAACAUCAGGUACAGACCACCGCGAUGCAACAAGGACGUGCUGCGAAACCUCAUCUUCGCGUUCAUCAAGGACCAGAACUAUGAGGAGACCUACAAGCGGCUGGAGAGGUGCGAGGCCAUGCACCAGCUGCUGGCCUUCUAUAAGCACCGAGUGAACCGGGAUGAUCUGCGGGACCAUAUAAUGCGGUUUCUCGGCGUGCUGGACGUGGAGUCGGGCAUUUCCAUCAUGGGCUGCACUCGGUACUCGCUGGAAGACAACGCAGGCGCCCGGGUCUGCUCCACCAAGGCCUGGGGCCGAAAUGAGGAGAUCCAGUUUCUGGUCGGCUGUAUCGCCGAACUUUCAGAGGAGGAGGAGAACCAAUUUCUCCACCCGGGCAAGAACGAUUUCAGCGUCAUGUAUAGCACAAGGAAGAAGUGUGGUCAGCUUUGGCUCGGUCCUGCUGCCUACAUCAACCACGACUGCAACGCCAACUGCACGUUCGUGGCAACCGGUCGCAAUACGGCCACGGUACGCACGCUGCGUGAGAUUGAGCCGGGAGACGAGGUCACCUGUAACUACGGCGGAGACUUCUUCGGCGACAACAACUGCUACUGCGAGUGCGAGACCUGCGAGAGGCGGCAGACGGGAGCGUUCGCCAAGAAGGACUCUGAUCAGCAGUCGGAGGGGUACCAGCUGCGCUACUCGAGUCGGCGACAGGCGGCGCCCCCGACGGGUACCAACACGCUGGAGCACACGGUCGAGACGCUCCGGCAGCGCGGCAUGACCCGCUACGACGCCCAGAUCAUCGCCGAACAGCGCCUCAAGCUCGACUCGCCGGCGCCGGCCGCUGCCGUGACUGCGGCCAGUCGGCCGGCGGCGGCGACGGCCCUGACGACGGCGACGACCGGUGCUGCUCCGGGCCGGGCUGCCGGUACCGCUCCAGGGAAGGCCGCCGGCACCACCCCGGUCGGAGGCCGCACCCGCGCCCGGCGCCGGCUCGGUGCCUCUCAGACGUCCACUGCCACUGCCGCGGGCCGGCGGCGCGGCUCGGCCACUCCGGUCGAGACGGCCGCCGCGCCCGUUUUACCACCGCCCCCGCCCCCGCCCCCUCCGCCGCCCCCACCGCCCCCGCCUCCACCGCCGCCAGCAGCGCCCCGUCGCGGCCGCGCGGCGGCGGGGGCGCUGACGUUGCCCGUGUCCCCGCCGUGCCACGUGAAGGUGACGCUGCGCAUGAAGCGCUCGCCGCCGGCGGACGACAUCAGUGAGUCGGCCAGCAGCCACUUCAGUGACGACAGCGCCACUAGCGGCGAGAUUCAGUACGAGGUGCUGCGGCUGGAGGGCAUCGGCGAGCUGCCCGUCGCCACGUGGCACAAAAAGAAAAAGAAGAAGCGCCACCGCCACGAGCGGCACCGCGGUGUGACGCCCGAGGUGGCCGUGCCGUCGGCAAAACGUGUACGGCUCAAGUUCGGCGGCGAGUCGCGGACCAUCGAGCUGACGGGGUGAGACGGCCGUCCGUCCCGCCCCGCCCGCUCGUGUCUUUCACGGCCGUCAGCGCACGAGCCGCACCGGCCCAUUCCAUAGGCCGAGUACAACGUUGUUAUACCUCUCCACCGGCCCACGUGCGCGCGUGUGUGCGAGUAUAUUUUACCAUAGCUAUAUGAUUAUCUGAUCCGGGCACUGCCAUGAUCAAAGUUGUGUGUACGUAUCUACUGUCUUUGGUGCGGUUGUUUUUUGUAGAUUUUCCUCAGUCCGAUGACGCAUUUAACUUAUGUGGAAUGAGGUGGCAUGAAUUCUUUUGAUCUCAUUGUUCUGAGCACGCUUGUGUUCUUUUUUAUGACCGAUGAUUGGCCUUCCUUUGGGCUAGGCUGCGCGGUAGCUCGAACGGAGAUUCGUCCCGAAUGACCUCGAAGCUGUAUUGUAAUAAACGCAUGCAUUUGUUUU